UAACUCAUGAGGAUUCUUAUGUUCAUUAAAAAGAAUUUCAAGUAACUAGUCGUGUGUAUAUAUAUAUAAAAUAAGACUGAAUAGCAUUUUCUCUCUUCCAGGCAUUCACUAAAACUGAAAACGUACAGCAGGAACUGUGAAUAAGCAGGAUUGCCAGACUAAAAUUCAGUAUUGUCUCUAACUCCUGUUUUAUCUUUAUUGUUGGCAGAGAUUUUUAUAAGAAAUCCAUGUUCAUGUGUCUCACUUUGAUAAUAUGAAUACACUAAGACUAAUCUGUACUACUAAAGCCGUGCAGAAGAGAAAUGUUCCAGCUUCAGGACCUGAAAAGUAUACAGAGGCUUUUAUUAAAAAACAGAUUGAAGAGUUCAACCUAGGAAAGAGACAUUUAGCCAACAUGAUGGGGGAAGAUCCAGAAACUUUUACCCAAGAGGAUAUUGAUAAAGCUAUUGCCUACCUUUUCCCAUCUGGAUUAUUUGAGAAAAGGGCCAGGCCUGUAAUGAAGCAUCCCAAUGACAUUUUUCCAAAGCAAAGAGCAAUGCAAUGGGGAGAAGAUCACCGUCCAUUUCACUUUCUCUUUUAUACUGGCAAGCAGUCAUUUUAUUCAUUAAUGCAUGAAAUAUAUGGAAAAAUGCUUGACAUUCAGAAGUACCAAGACCAGUUGAAAGCCCAAGAUCUGGAUGAGAAGAAACAAAUAAACCUGAUUGGCAGCAGAUGGCUGAUUAAGGAGGAGUUGGAAGAAAUGUUAGUGGAAAAACUGUCAGAUCAUGAUUAUUCGUUAUGUAUUCGGCUGCUAGAACGAUUAGUGACUUUGCCAUGUUGUGGCAUUGAAGAAGAGUAUGUGCUAAAAUUUCGCAAAGAAUUAGAUACACAAUUAAAAAAGGUGGUGAUUGAGCCCCUGCAAUAUGAUGAUCAAGGAGUGGCCUUCAGCACUGGGGAAGGCAAAAGAAAGACUUCACGAGCAACCGUAAUAGUUUAUGACAAUGGAAACGGGAAGAUUACAGUGAACGGAAUAGAUUAUUUACAUUAUUUUCCAGUGAUACAAGAUAGAGAACAGUUAAUGUUCCCUUUCCAGUUCCUUGGUAGACUUGGAAAACAUAAUAUGGUCUGUACCGUCCUUGGUGGAGGAAGUUCCUCCCAGGCUGGAGCAAUCCGUUUAGCCUCUGCAAGAGCUUUGUGCAGUUUUGUCACUGAAAAUGAAGCAGAAUUUAUGAGGCAAGCUGGAUUACUGACCUAUGAUCCACGUAACAAAGAACGAAAGAAGCCAGGUCAAGAGGGAGCCCGCAGGAAGUUCACCUGGAAAAAACGCUAACUCUGUCAGGAGCAGAUAUUAUAGCAAGUUCAAUAUAUAAUUAACUGUAUAAUUUCUUUACGAUCACCAUUUUUGUAAAUAUAUCUGGUAAUAAAUUUUUAUUUCUAA